AUGGCGGCGGCCGUGACACCCUCGCGGGGUGGCGUAUCGCCGUCGAGCUCUCCUCGUCUCCCAUCGCCCCCGCCGAUGCCAGAACUGCAAUUCGGCCCUCAAAGUCCUCUGACCGGCGCUACUAUGAGCGAAAGUCAGGACGAAGCCAAUAACAAGCAGGAUGAAUCGGCGCGGCGGAGAAUACGGCCAGGCACGAAGGCAGCGGACAUGGCAAAAGGUCCGCCUCUCGUCCCUCUCAACCAGGUUGACUCCGCGUUUCCCUUACAGGAGCACCUAAAAGCUCUGUACGCGCAUUCAACGCACGGCCAAUACGCAACGCAUACCACACCGAUCACGAAAGACACUGCACGGCAAAUAGCACGACCACCGCAAUAUGAAGAUGGCGAGUCCGCAGACCGAAACCUCUGGCUAUACGAGAUAUGUCGCUUUCUUACAACCAAAGCUGGCUUGGUCUCGUGCGCACUUAUGGAGGACAGUCCACCAUGCUCGUCGCUUACUUGUCCGGAAAUGCGAGCUUCGGAGUGGCAGUAUCUUUGCGCGGUACACGAGCCUCCAAAAUCAUGCUGCGCCAUCGACUACGUCAACCAUACCCUGGACUGGGCAGCAAAUGUCUUGACCAGCACGAAACAUUUCCCUUCGCGACUGCAACUGGGCGGUGGGGAAUCAGGCAGCGCCUACCAAAGCAUGCGUCAACUUACCAACAUUUUCCGAAGGGUAUACCGGAUCUUUGCCCACGCAUGGUUCCAACAUCGGGAAGUGUUUUGGCAUAUAGAAUCCACUCACGGCAUCUAUAUACUAUUCAAGACAGUCUGCGAUGAAUACCAGCUCAUCCCUGAUGACAAUUACACGAUUCCACCAGAAGCCGAAGGACCAAGAGAAGAAGCAGAGAGCCCAGCACAUCCCACGCCCACAGAAGCAAACCCAUCACAGGCCAGCAUGCAGAUCCUGCGUAAAGACACCACUGUCGCUCCCAGCCAGAACGGCACAGACCCAACUGCAUCUUCACCACCUCAAGAGCCCACUCCAGCGCAGACGGCCCGGCGACAUCGUCACACUCCUAGCACAGGCAGCCACGUCACAACCAUUGCCGAAGGCACCGAAGAGGAGGAAGAAGUACCGCCGGUGCCACCAAUACCACAUUCUGGCCCCUCCGACGAACCCACGACCGCCAUUCCCCCAGACUCCCCUCAGCGCUCAGCCCGUGAAGCACUCGGGCGUCUCAAUCUUUCCAGCCCCGAUUCUAAAUUUCCAGCAACUUCUGCCGAUGACUCAGCCAAGCUUGCGCAGCCCGAGCACCCGACGCCUACGACCUCGCACGUUCAGGAUCCCCUUGCCGCGGCCGGCGCCGCAACCAAGAGCACCUCCCCGGCCACGAGUGGGGAGAAAAAGUCAGACUCUACACCCGCGCCGGCGCCUGUCAAGCUCGACACCUCCUCAGCCACCGAGCCGAAGCCGAUCUCUGAGCAAGACCGCCGAGGCAGCAAUUUCGAAAGCGAAGUACGCUCUCCCGGCGGCGGCAGCAUCAGGACCGCCGGGCCGGAUCUGCUGGGCGCGAUACUGGGGCACAUGGACGACAAGGAACGGGAGGAGGUGCUCGCGGCAAAAGAAGUCGUGCAGGGAAAGGCCGAGGAGAAAGACGCCCACGAGGAGGACGCUGAUGGCGACGGAGAGGAGACUAUGCUUUUCAUUGGCGAGGAUGCUCAAAAAGAUGCGGGACCUGGUGAAAAGGAAAAGGCGACGACCAAGACUCCGGAGGGAGCGGAUAAAAGCAAAGGAGCGGAAAAGGAGAACGACAGUGAUGAUGGUGGCGAUGACGACGAGGACGAAGCAGAGACAAUGGAGGAGAUUAAGCUGCCGUCAAGGGACAAACAAGAUGCGGAGAAGGAGAAAGAGAAUGACGGGGAAAAGUAG